UCUGCCUCUGGGGACAACCAGGCUGCCUUAUAAUGGGAACCAACACUCGCUCAGCUCGGGGGCAAUAACAUCCAAUUCAGCAUCAGGAAAACACAGAGCCCCACCUUUUUUUUUUCUUUUUUUUUCCUCUUAUCUGCUGCUCUGGUGUGGUCUUGUUGCUCUGUGGUCUACCUUCAUGUGGAGAAAGAGACUGCUGGUGGGCUCUUGUCAUUCUCCUGACCUCAUCAUCCAUCCUCUCUGGAACAGGUUGAUCUUUUUCUCUUCCUGUCUGUUUUUUUUCGCGCCGUGAAGCUGCUUUUUGGAAUCUCACUCCUCCAUGUACGAUAACUUGUACCUACAUGGAUUUGAAGACUCGGAGGCGGGCUCAGCUGAUUCCUACACAAGCCGACCAUCUGACUCGGAUGUGUCCCUGGAGGAGGAGAAGGAGGGCGGCCGGCAGGAGAAGGAGCAGCAGGCCACUGUUCAGCUCGAGAGGGCAAAGACUAAAGCGGUGGCUUUUGCUGUGAGGACCAAUGUCAGCUACUGUGGAGCGUUGGAUGAGGAUGUUCCUGUGGCUGGCACGGCUGUCUCCUUUGAUGCCAAGGACUUCCUCCACAUCAAAGAGAAGUACAACAACGACUGGUGGAUCGGCCGCCUGGUGAAGGAAGGCUGCGACAUCGGCUUCAUCCCGAGCCCUCUGAAGCUGGAAAAUAUCCGACUCCAGCAGGAGCAGAAGAGAGGACGCUUCCAUGGCAGUAAAUCCAGUGGGAAUUCCUCCUCCAGUCUGGGAGAAAUGGUGUCGGGCACAUUCAAACCAAACCCCAACUCUGCAGGAAAGCAGAAACAGAAAGUGGUGAGUACGGCUGAGCACAUCCCUCCGUAUGACGUGGUUCCCUCCAUGAGGCCGGUUGUCCUGGUGGGACCGUCCCUGAAAGGUUAUGAGGUGACGGAUAUGAUGCAGAAGGCGCUGUUCGACUUCCUGAAGCACAGGUUUGACGGGAGGAUAUCCAUCACAAGGGUAACAGCUGACAUAUCAUUGGCCAAGAGGUCAGUACUAAACAACCCCAGUAAGAGGGCCAUCAUUGAGAGAUCCAACACCCGCUCCAGCCUUGCGGAGGUCCAGAGUGAAAUAGAAAGGAUCUUUGAGCUGGCCCGGUCUCUACAGCUGGUGGUGCUGGAUGCAGACACCAUUAACCAUCCAGCUCAGCUCAUCAAGACCUCAUUAGCACCCAUUAUCGUCCAUGUUAAAGUGUCCUCACCUAAGGUCCUCCAGCGGCUGAUCAAAUCAAGAGGGAAGUCUCAAAGCAAACACUUGAAUGUGCAGCUUGUUGCAGCUGAGAAACUAGCACAGUGUCCUUCUGAGAUGUUUGAUAUUAUUCUGGAUGAGAACCAGCUGGAAGAUGCGUGUGAACAUCUGGCAGAGUACCUGGAGGCAUACUGGCGUGCCACACACACUUCACUUAGCACGCCACUCAACCCCCUGCUUGGCCGCAAUCUGGGCUCCACCGCUCUCUCCCCAUAUCCUGCUGCCAUUCAGGCCCAAAGAAACCGCAAUAGCAACCACACAACAACAGAUCAUUCACCUGUUGAACGUCGCAGCCUGAUGCCUGCCGACGAGAACUACCAUAAUGAACGGGCGCGUAAGAAUCGCAACCGUCUGUCCUCGGGCUCACAGCACAGCCGGGACCACUCGCCUCUGGUGGAGGAGGACUACCAGGACCCUUACCAGGACUCUUACAAGCCUCAUCGUAAUCGAGGAUCGCCGGGAGGCUACAGCCAGGAAUCCAGGCACCGGCUUUGAGCUGCGGCCUGCUGCAAAACAAAGUCUAGGCCUGUCUUUCUCUAAGCGACCACCAUGGACCUAAGAGUUGAGGCAGCUUUGCUGUAACAUGAUGAAACUACUACACUCAUUUGGACUGUAACAACCUCGUAUUGAUGUGUAGUACCUCAUAUUCCCUUUGGCCUUGGCUCCUGCCAAAUGGGCAUUUGAACCUAAAAAAAUUAAGAAUCCUGCUCUUGCUUUGAUGUGAACAAGGGAAGGAACUGGAUAUGACAGUAGCACAAGACCAGAACAGUUAAAGGUUUAAAGGGAAGGUUAAAGCUGGAGCUGAUCUGAAUAUGUCCCCAGAUGUGGCUUGAGAGUGAAGUACACUAGCAGGUGAUAUUGUGCGACGUAGGCUCUUCUGGACCCUUCCCGCCGCCUCAGCUGUUACUGUAGCAUGCAGGUAGGACCGUGACUACAGGUCACUACAUGCCUCGAUCCAGUGCCGGACACCAAGAGCAUCCAGUGGCGAUGAUCAGCACAGAACAUGUUUGCACGCACCCAGGAGCUGGUAGAAGCAGAAUAUAAUGCAUCUUUAAUGCUUCUCAAGUUUGUUUGCCACUGUCCUCGAUGUGAGUGUAAUAAAUCUUGUGGAAGCCUGUUCCCAAAUCCAGAGUUUUACACAUUUGCUUUUAAGUGACAUGGAUGGUGUUGUGGUUUUCUCUUCAGGGUCCAUACAGUAGCUCCCUGUGCACACUCUUUGUUUCUUUCUUAAUGCCAUUUUUUGUCAUUAAUCAUAUCAAGUCGGAAACACAAACAUCAUGCAGAUACCAACACAUUUCAAAGCUCCAAACCUCAGGAAUGAGAGGUCAUUGAGACCAGGAAGUGUGCUGACAGAUGUAGCGUUUAUGUUCUCACCCAUCUGAUGGGGGAUUUGAUUCUGAGUGUCGUGUUAAAUUGUUAAAAGAUGUUAUGAUUUAGUUGUUAUAGAAAAAAAAAAUUAUUAAUAUAAGGAGCACAGGAGUCACUAGAAUGGUCACGCUAGCAUGUUUUUCAUAUGUCAUGCAUUUAUCAGCCACUGUUGUCUGAACUGUGUUUGGCAGGACGUCAUUUAAAACUGAUAGAAUUGGAUUUUAAUGAGUGACUUAUAUUGAGGGCUUCCAUAUGUAAAUACAGACAAAUAAUUGAAAGAAAGCUCAUUUCAGUUUGUGAAAUUACAUUCCAUUCAUUUCGUCUUUCAUGGCCUUGCAUAUGCCUUCCACCAUCUGAUAAAAAUAAAUAAAUAAAAAACUUUCCUCCAUCUUAUUUUUAAAGGUUUUAUAAAAUAAAGUCAAAUUUACAUUAAAUAGUAAUUUAACAGACCCUUCUUCCAUAUUUCCAUCGAUUCAAUUUGAUUUUCACCAAAGACUAAUGAGUCAUAAACUUUCUGAAAGCACUUGGGCAGGACUGUGCUGUUUUGUUACAUUGUCUGUUACAUGCUACGUUCAUGGAAAUGUAGAGCAGUUCCCUGCAGUUUUUUAAAUCAGAUGAAUUCACUUGUAUGCUGACGGCUAAUGCAGGAUUAAUAUAUCAUCACCUUUUAAUGACAUAUUCUUGUAUCUUGUAAUUUAUUAUUUGUUGAAAAUCUCAAGUUCAGUUUUUUUAGUCCAUAGGCCAGAGAUCUCAUUGUGCUUCUGGAAAAAGGAACAUCGACAAGGAGACUUCUGGUCUAAUCUGCCAUUUACAGUAGCUUUUAUUGUUGUUGUUUCGAAACUCUGGAGCAUAAGCAACAAUUUAAAAGAUCUGAAAACUGCCUGUGAGAGAAUGAUGCAUUGAUUAGAAGUUUGUGUGCACUGUCAUUUUACAAUUGUAAUGAAAUAAACUGCCCUUAUGCUGUUG